GGAAAACAUAACGCGUUUUUAUUGCGCAAUUUUCGACCCUAAUGUGUUAGUUUAAAGUUCAAAAUUUAGUUUUUAGUUAGUGUUUAGCGCGGAUUUAACGUGUUGCAAUUUGUGUUUGUGUGUGUCGCGGAUAAUUGUUAUUACUAAAAAAAAGUAUUUAUUAUGAAAUUAAACUGGAUGUGAAAGUAACUGAACUGUGAAGUGAUAUCGUGUCGUUGUGACAAUGAGUGAGAAGAAGUAUAACAGUAUGCCGAGAAUCAGGCGAAGGGACACAUGGAGAAAGUCGGGGCUGGACACAUGGUUUGGGCGACCGAAGAAGGCGGGGGGUGGUAUGGAGCGAGGGUACGACACGGUGCCGCGGGCUGAGCCGAGGGUGGAAGACGAGGAGCCGGCUGCCGAGUACACCAGUAAGAUUGACGCGCUGGAUGACGAGCAGCUGGAGCGAAGGUUCGAGGAGAUGCUGACGGAUAUGAAUAUAGGCGAAAAGAAGAAAGAGCCGCUACGGAAGUACUCGAGGGAUCAGAAGAAGAAGAUGCUCGUUGCGUAUAAGUUCGUUAAUGCACAGGAAGGUCGCUCAAAGUUUGAGAAGCCGUCCGACUACGUGUCGUACCUCAACCAGCCCGAGCUGUCUGUGGGUAAGCUGCACGGUUGCCUGGAGAACCUGAGGAUAUCUCUCACCAACAACCCGCUGUCUUGGAUCGAGGAGUUCGGCGCGAAGGGCAUCGAGAGCUUGCUGACUACUCUCAACGUCUGUUAUACCAAUGACUCGCGCUACGACCGCGUGCAGUACGAGUGCAUACGAUGUCUGUCCGCCAUCUUGAAUAAUACAGUGGGCAUUCGCGCCGUGUUCGAGUGUCGGGAGGCGUUGCCUGUGCUCGCGAGGAGUUUGGACGCCAGGAAACCUCACUGCGCCUUGGAAGCUGCGAAGGUGCUAGCCGCAAUAUGCCUCAUACCAAACGGCCACGAGAAGGUUCUAGAAGCAAUCACAAUGGCGGGAGAGUCGAGUAGGAAACCAAGACUGUUGCCGAUAGUUGAGGGACUGCAUCCGAAAGCACCAGAGAGUCUUAAGAACGGCUGCAUGCAACUCAUCAACGCCAUAAUAACCGAACCAGAAGAGCUAGAGUUUCGGAUGCACUUACGUAGCGAGUUUAUGAGAACUGGACUCUAUGACCUUAUAGAUGACCUGCGCGCCGGCGCGGCAGACGGCGGUCGGCAGAUACAGAUGAACGUGUUCGACACCCACGCAGCUGCAGAUCAGGACGAGUUUCUGGCGAAAUUUGAUGACGUCAGAGUGGACUUCCAAGAUGUUAACGAAUGCUUUGAGCUGGUGAAGAACUUGGUGAUCGACACUCCCGCGGAGCCGUUCCUACUGUCCAUUCUACAACAUCUGCUGUUCAUCAGAGAUGAUGAACAAAUCAGGCCCGCAUAUUACAAGUUAAUAGAAGAAUGUAUUACUCAAAUAGUGCUUCACAAAAACGGCUAUGACCCGGACUUCAGACUGACGCAGAGGUUCAACAUUGAUGUACAGCCUCUGAUAGAUGGUCUCAUUGAAAAAUCACGUGCAGAAGAGGAAAGGAAGUUGGAAGAGUUAAAAUCUAAGUUGGAAGCUGCGAUCGCUGCGAGACAGGAGGCUGAAGCGAGAGUCACGCACUUGGAGGAUAAACUGCAGAACGCGUCCACACCUAGCGGGCCGGGGGGCGUGACGCACGGGAAUAUAGCCGCCAUUGCUAAGGUUAUCGGCAGUCCAGGUGGGCCUCCACCACCCCCUCCUCCUCCAAUGCCCGGAGGAGGCGCUCCUCCACCACCGCCGCCUCCUCUGCCCUCAGGUGGGCCAAUGCCUCCGCCGCCACCACCAAUGCCAGGUUCGGGUCCACCGCCGCCUCCACCUCCCCCCGGGAUGAUGGGUGCUCCGCCCCCACCACCGAUGCCCGGCAUGGGGCCCCCACCUCCCCCGCCCCCACCAGGCAUGGGGCCCAGACCACCGCCGCCUCCCGGCGGUUUCAUGAUGCCAAAAAUGCCACAGCCGGAUGUUCUUCCUCACGGACUGAAGCCGAAAAAGAAGUGGGAAGUGGGAGGUCCGCUGAAGAGAGCCAACUGGAAGACUAUCAUACCGCAGAAGAUGUCGGAGAAGGCGUUCUGGGUUAAGGUACAAGAGGAUAAACUGGCUUCACCUGAUAUAUUGAACGGUUUGGCGCUGAAGUUCUCCAGCAAACCGGUCGCGAAAAGAAACGAAGAUUCUGUGGACAAGGUGCACACGCUGAAGAAGGUGAAAGAUCUGAAGGUGCUCGACGGGAAGGCGGCCCAGAACCUCUCGAUCCUGCUGGGUGGCUCCCUGAAGCAUAUGUCCUACGAACACAUCAGGGAGUGCAUACUGCGCUGUGACACCAAGGUGUUGUCAGGGAACGUGUUGGAUUUGUUAAUACAGUAUCUACCACCAGCGGACCAGCUGAAGAAACUUGCAGAACUAAAGUGCAAGAGUGAAGAGCUGACAGAGGCUGAACAAUUCGCAGCAACGGUGGCUGAUAUAAAGCGGCUCGUGCCAAGGUUAAGGAGUCUCGCCUUCCGGGAACAUUAUGCCGAGAUCAUAUCCGAGGUCAAACCGGAUAUUGUAUCCGGGACAGCGGCGUGUGAAGAAGUCAAGUCGAGUGCAAAGUUCGCCAAAAUUCUAGAACUGCUGUUGCUAUUAGGAAACUAUAUGAACACGGGGUCAAAUAACGCUGGUGCUUAUGGUUUCGAGAUUAGUUUUCUUACGAAGUUGACCGCAACGAAAGACUUAGAAAACAAGCAAACUCUACUGCAUUACCUGGUGGACACCAUCGAGUCGAAGUUUCCCGACAUUCUGGCCUUCGCCGAGGAGAUGCCCCACAUCGACAGGGCCGCGCGAGUAUCCAUGGAGAACCUUCAGAAGGCCCUGAAGAAGAUGGAGAACGACAUCAGAGCGCUGGAGACAGACCUGAACAACUCCAGGGUGCAGCAGAGUCCUGAUGACCUGUUCAACGAGACAUUAAGCAGUUUCGCGAAGGAGGCCCGCGAGCAAUGCGACCUGCUUCACUCGAUGUUCCGCAAGAUGGAGGCACUGUACAACGAGCUCGCAGAGUACUUCGUAUUCGACCCGCACAAGUACACGCUGGAGGAGUUCUUCAGCGAUAUCAAAACAUUCAAGGACUCGUUUGCUGCGGCGUAUCAGGAGAAUCUCGUAGUCCGGGAGACAGAAGAGAGGGCGCGGAGAGCGCGGGAGGCUCGAGCGGCCGCCGAGAGAGACCGCAGGGACCGCCAGCACAGAUACAAGCAGUUCGUGGACAUGGACCACGCACAAGAGGGCGUCAUGGACAGUCUUAUGGAGGCACUGCAGAGCGGUUCGGCGUUUAGCAGAGAGAGGCCGAGGAAAAAAGCCAACCCAAGAGUGGCUGGAGCUGAACGAAGAGCGCAGUUGAACAGAUCCCGUUCGAGAUCCGGUCUGACGGGACCGCUCACCACGAGGGAGUUAACGAAUGAAUUGUUGAGCAACGCGUGAUAACAGCAACAGUGAUAUUAGUAUAUUUAUUAUAUUUUAGCUGUAAGAGUAUCAAAACGGCCUAACUUUACUCUGUGAAUAACAUAUCUCACACGAACAGUUAAUAUAGUAAUCGCCAAAGAUCACGCGCUCUUAAUUAGAGUAGUACUGCCGAUAAAUCUCUCUCGCUCGCACAGAUUUUAGUAAGCCAAUGUGAUGUGUUAUAAUUGUUUGUAUAAAGCCAUUUCAUUUCUGUCGAGCGUUUGUGAUUUGGCGAUUACUAUAAUAGAGGACGGGCUAAAUUAUAGACAAAUCAAAAUGGCGCUUCGGUUGAUUUUAAAGGUUAUAUAAUAUGAAGAAUGAAGAAUAAUUAAGUUUUGUAUGAAUUUAAUUUUUUUUAUUUGUACGAAAUGGCCUACUUUGAAGUUAAUCUGAAAAUAUAUUGUAAUGAUAUAAUAUCCACUCAAACUCCAUCUUAAUUAAAAAAUGUCAUCUACCAUACUUGUAGAGAUUUAUUUUGUUUGUUUGUACAUAUUCCGUCAAAUAUAGAAUUGGCGGCAACGUAUUCUCUAUUUGGCAUUCCAAGAUGGCUGUUUGACACAAUUCAACAUGGCACAUGUCUCGCAGUUCACUGUAACAUGUGUAAUUUUAUGAAAUUAAUGUAUUUAUUUCUGAGCAAAUAUUAUUACGGCCGGCAUUGCGUAGUCGAGCAAACAACCAGUGAAAUUUAUGCGAAGUGAGUCUAACAUUUUACAAAGACAUCCCACAUGACAAUAGAAAACUUCAAAUGUCAAACCGAAAGGCAAAUCAACAUGGCGCCAAUAUACUCUGAUGUAACAUCGGAGUAUUAAAUAACACAUAAUAUUAAGUAUUUCUGUUUGUAUAGUUUUAAACAUUGUUUUUAUAUAAGUAUCGAAAGAAAGACACACUGUUUAUUUUGUUUUAAUACGUUAACAUUAAUGUGACAUUUUCAUUGAGCAAAUGUCACAUGUCAUCCUUGUGAAGUGAUUGGCGCUAUCUAAAUAUUCAUAUGUCACCAGUUAUCGAUUAUUGACUGCUAAUAACUGAGAAUAUUUUUUUCAUUAAGUAUCCAGUAUAUUCAGUCUAUCUAUGAUUACACAUUCUUGUUACUUUUAGCUUUUUGUUUGCAUAUUUGUAAUAAGUACAAAUAGUUGGUCAACUCGUUUGCUAAGCUGCUAAAUAUAGGAUGUUUCGAUUAAAUAUGCUUAGAUAAUUUAUACGUUUAGACAGAGCCUCUUGCUGCUAGACAGCAGAUGGAAACAGGCCAGGUUUAUUACUUUAGUGUGCGUGACAAGCUACGUUUGACACUUGCGGCUUGUAUGUCCCUUUGUGUUAGUGUGGGUGCAUUGCUAAAAAUAGAGGUUAACUGUCAAAUUUUUUUCGACGUUUUCACAGCUGCCAGUCUAUCUAGACUUAUAAAUGUUCUAAGAAAAUAUGAAAGGGCUGCCUGAAGAACAUUCUAUAGAAUAUUCACGCACAGCUUUUUACAGCACAGGUGCUAAGUAUAUUUCUAGUUAUUUAUGCAACUGUUGUGUAAUAAGGUUCGUCGAGUGUGAUAAUAGUAUCACAUGAGUUUGUUUAAUACCUAAUUAUCAACAGUUGCAUAUAAGAAUUUAUCGACACCCAUAAUAUGAAUCCUCUGUAAAAGAUUCUGAAACAGUUAGCUUGCUGUUAAUAUUAAAAAAGCCAGUCCUAGUAGCCAUUACAUCAUCCAAACGAGUGUUGUAAUGAAAACGGAUGAUGUAAUGUUGUACUGAAUUUCAUUACAACACUCGAUGUUAUGGUUAUUGGGACAUUGAGUGUUUUAAUGUUGGCAAUAAGCUAACUGUUUUAGAAUCUUUAAUAGAGGAUUUAAAGGCUAGGUGUAUUUUAAAGUAAAAAUAGUAAAUUGGGCAUAAACUUCACUAAGAAAGUAGCAAAGUCGUACUGUAGCAUGAGAAAAAAACGCGUGCAACUGAUUACAAGUACCUAUUCGCAUUGGAACGAAUCGGUAUGAACGCAGCGGUACUUUCAGUAGCGUCCGAGUUGCUUUCAUUAUUUGUAUUUAUCAUACAAACAGACAUUUUAUAUAAAAUGGAAUUCGAAAUUAAGAUUAUUAUAUUGAAAUGCAGAUUCAUAAUCAAUUGACGGAUGCCAUAUAAUCUGGAUUCCAAGCAAUCUUA